GGCUGGUUCCUGCCGCUUCUUUUUUGCCGCCAGACCGGUAAAAGGUUUUUCCCGCCAGCUCCAAGCUUCGUCAUACGGAUGGACUCAUGAUGGUUUUAACUACUGAGCAAAUAAACCUGAUUGGACAAGUAUUUGAAUCAUAUAUUCUGGCAUAUCACCAAAACGACAUCUUGCAGAUUUUAAGGGAAAAAGAUGAUGACACCCAUUACCCAGUUAUUGUUGAUGCAUUGACACUUUUUGAAACCAACAUGGAAAUUGGUGAAUAUUUUAAUGCCUUCCCUAAUGAAGUGCUUCCUAUUUUUGAUAAUGCAUUGCGUAGAGCAGCUGCAACAAUAUGUCAGUCAGCUUCCCAAGCUCAGGAAUUCAUCAUUAAACAGAAUCUUCAUGCCAGAAUAUCAGGUUUACCUGUGUGCCCAGAACUAACAAGAGAACACAUCCCAAAGACUAGAGAUGUGGGGCAUUUCUUGUCAGUUACUGGCACUGUUAUUCGGACCAGCCUAGUGAAAGUCCUGGAAUUUGAGCGGGAUUACAUGUGCAACAAAUGCAAGCACAUCUUUGUGGUCAAGGCUGACUUUGAACAAUAUUAUGCUUUCUGCCGUCCAUCAACCUGCCCUGGGAAAGAAGGUUGCACCUCCUUAAAAUUCACUUGUCUCUCUGGAACCUCCUGUGCUUCCAAUAGAUGCAAAGACUAUCAAGAGAUCAAGAUUCAAGAGCAGGUUCAAAGGCUUUCUGUUGGAAAUAUUCCGCGUUCUAUGAUGGUGGUCCUUGAAGAUGAUUUAGUUGAUGGUUGCAAAUCUGGUGAUGACAUUACAGUUUAUGGAGUAGUGAUGCAAAGAUGGAAGCCUUUUCACCAGGAUUCACGCUGUGAUGUAGAAAUUGUUUUGAAGGCCAAUUAUAUUCAAGUUAAUAAUGAGCAAAUUAUGGGAAUCACAAUUGAUGAGGAGGUUCGCAAAGAAUUUAAAGAUUUUUGGGAAAGACACAGGAGUGACCCUUUAGCAGGGAGGAAUGAAAUUUUAGCAAGCUUGUGUCCUCAGAUUUUUGGAUUAUAUCUUGUGAAAUUGGCUGUAGCUAUGGUACUUGCAGGAGGGGUACAGAGAACAGAUAAUACCGGCACUCAGGUUAGAGGUGAAUCACAUCUUUUAUUGGUUGGAGACCCCGGUACUGGUAAAUCUCAAUUUCUGAAAUAUGCAGCAAAGAUUACUCCACGAUCUGUACUUACAGCAGGAAUUGGAUCUACAAGUGCAGCACAUGCUCGAUUGAUGUUCAGGGAAAUUGUAACUGUGGAAGAUGCAGUAACUGUGGUUUCGGUAAUGGAAUCUUCCAUGCAGGGAGGUGCACUUCUUGGUGGUGCUAAUGCGCUCCACACUUCCUUUCCUGAAAAUCCGGUGGAACAAUAUAGAAUGCAGUGUGAACUAAUCUUGAAGAAGCUGGAGUUGCAACACCUUCUGCAGGAGGAAUUAAGAAGGCUUGACAGGUUUUUACAGAAUGGAAAUUUAAGCCCAUCUCUGCAGCGCAAAGGAGCAUCUUUAAGUAAUGACACGUUUGGGGAAUUAGAGCAGAAUAUUCAUUCCCAACAUUCAGAAAAAGAAGAAAAUAAUAAUCAGUUACAACCUUUGUCAGCCAAAAUAAGUUCUGAUGCUGAUACGCAUCUGGGAUUCCCAACCAGACAAGUAUCUAAUGAUGCCCAAGUAAGAGAAAAAUCGAAGAGUCUUAAUGAGACCGACAGUGAUGACACUUUGAAUUGGUUUGAUAGUAUAGCAGAAGGUAACAUGGAAAGUGAGAAGGUCAGUUGUAAUUUUCCAGUUGCAGUAACAUCUCAGGACAAUCCGGCUUUGGAAGCAACGAAUAGUAGAUCUUCUAAAAAGACCAACUGUUUAAGAGAAUCUGAGCAAACCAAGAAGAGGGAAUCAGUGACCAAAAAAUACCAGGGGAACUCUUGUAUACAGACUAUUUUUGCCCUUGAGAGGACACAAAAGCCUAUAAACUCCCCUUCAGGGACAGUCCAUAAAGGUUCAGAUGCUACACCUAGCACACCUAACUUGAUCAUUACUCAAAGGGCCUCUAAGAAGUGGCAGAAGAGAAAUAUUGAAAGCAUUAAGAGAUUUUGUAUGAAUACAGCAGAUUCCAAGACUGAGGAUACUCAAUCUUCAUUAUCUUCUCAUUCUGCAAUUAUCCCAGAUUGUCCUGAAAAAGAUACCGGGGCUUCUCUGUGUCACAGUGUGCCUUCGAGGCAUUUGACAUCAACAUCUUUAAAUCGGAAGCGAAAUAGAGACCAAACCAACAAAGUAAGAAAUUGCAAUGAACCUGUCAUCCCUGAGAAAUCAGAAGCUGCCCCUACUAAGUUUGCAAAGUUUUCCUUUCAACGAAAGCCUAAGCUUUCUCUGUCUCCUGAAAAUGAGGAACGUCAGACAUUACAGGAAACUAUUUACAACCCUGACCUUUUUACCCAAAGUACAUCAAAAGGAGAAAAUCUGAGGGAAGAAGAUCCUGAUAAACAUCAGGAAAGCAACAGUCUUAACCCAGGAAAUACGGCCAAGGAGAAACAAGCCUGUAAAAACAAGAAAGAGGAAGACAAGCCAAAGCCAACUAAAGCCACAGCCAUUUCUUUUACAAAUACGUCAGGGACAAGAAUAACAAAUUUGGAUGGUCAAAAUUCAAGAAAAGUGUGCCCCAGCACUUUAGCAAAGCUAGCAAAGUUUGCCUUUAUACCAUCAGAUGAAUCUCCAGUUUCUUUGAAUAUCACCACUAAUGAAAAAGUGAGAGAAAGGCAGCCAUUGAAGACUCAGAAAGAUUGUGCAGAACCCACCCGGAAGUGCUUUGAAUUAGGAAACAUUCACAGAAUUUCAGGGAAAUCAUUGUUCUCGGUAACUGAUCUGGACGAUGCACUGUUAGACUUUGACUGGGAUGAAGAGAUUCAGAAAUAUGCUAAAACUUAAAGUUCAGUAUCUGCUACCUUCUCAAAAAUACUUUGUGGUACUUUUAUAAUUGGUUUAUUUUUGAUGUGGGAAUAAUGCUGCAAAUAAUAAGCAACCUAGCAGACUUUUAAAAAAUUGAAUUGGGUUCUAAAAAGAGCAUGCUUCCAUCUGCAAAAAUUUGAUGCUACUGGAGUGCUCAAAGUGAAAUAAACUUAGUACUCUCCAACUCACCAAGUGCAGGCAACAGCUCUGAAAAAAUAAACCUACUCCUUCCUGGGUUUUUCUUCGUUGAGAAGUAGUCUAAACCUCUGCAGUAUUGGGAAAUCUGGUAGGUGGUAGAUUGGGAAGGUUUCUCUUUUUUAUGACUGUUUAAGCAUAUGUGUUUGAUAGAGGGACACACAUCAUGUCAAAUUGUGUUACAAUGUCACAUGUUUGCGUCAUUUUGUGUCAUAACAUGCACAAUGUCACUUGUCCUUCUUCCUGCAAAUAUCCUCUGAUACUAGUAUCUCCAACAAUGAGCUUCAGAUUUUUGGAGGACAUUGUUCAGGGCCUAAGGUUUAUGUGGAUUAGAGGUUUUUCCCAUGAUCAGGACAGGAAAUGUAUAAAACUACAGCUUUUAAGGUAGUCAAGCCUGCACAACUAGUAUGGAUAAACAGAUUGAAAAGCAAUGAGUGAGACACUUAUUGUAUUGGAUGUUUCCCUAAGAUAUAAAUCCAUACAUUAUUCAAUUAGCAUAUUUUGGUGAAUAAUGACAUGGAGAAUCCCUAGUGAAGAAGCACAUUAAGGUUUUUAAAAUUAUUUUAGUUUUCUUCUUAGCAUCCUAUAGAAAUGUGUGAUUUCAAUUAUUUUGUAUUCAAGUAAAAUGAACUCCAAAAUCUUUGAAAAGUGGGAGGGACCCUCCCCUCUUUAACUUCUUUUUUGGUUUUACCAUAUAUUUGUCUAGCUCCAUUUCAUAAUGAGUACUGAUCUAUGACUUUAAUUAGGUAACUGAUAACAUUUAUUAUAUUUGGCUCAGGAAGGAGCUUGAAUUCUUUGUUCAAUUGGACAGUUUAGCUGCUAAAAGUUUGUAAGCCAAUAUAGCUAUUAAAAUGAUUAAUGUGGCAAUUUACUUCAAUUCAUAUGUAUAUCACUGCUUUCCUUUAAUAAAAUAUCAACUAAUAUCUGUACUCAGUUCAUUUUAGUGCCACACUUUGCUUUAUAGAGGACGCAUAAAAAUGCUCAGAGACUUCACCUCCCUAAUUAAAUAAUCCAAUUAAAUUGUAGUAAAUGUUUUUUAUUGUAUAUUG